AUGACUGAAUUAGCGAAACAACGAUGGCGUAUGCUUGGAGAAAUUCUCCUAAGCAAAAAUCUUCAGUCGUCAAGUGAACAUGAAGAUAUAUCUGUGAUGCGAUUUAAAACUUAUGGGUUAUAUCUUCGAAGUUUUUCAUCAGCAAGUGAUAAUGAUGAUGAUGAUGGAACUUGGUGUAGAAUAGAAUUUCCCUCAUUUGAAGAUAAUCAAUCCAAUAUUCUCUCGUUGGACAUUCGAUUAUGUUCAACUAAAAUUGAAUAUGCAGAUCUGAUUGGAUUCAAUAAUACAGGAAAUACUUGUAAAACUCAGUUUCAAAUCAUUCUUCCAUUAAAAGUUUCUAUUUGUUAUUCAGGUAUAUGGCCAUCGGAAGAAGUUCUUGCAUUUUAUUGUUUAAAAGAAAAAGAAAUAUUUGAGAAUCGAAGUGUAUGCGAAUUGGGUGGUGGUAUGACUUGUUUAGCUGGACUUGCUUUGGCUCGAUCGAUUUCGCUCAAAGAGUUUGUUGCUACUGAUGGAAAUGAAAAAAGCAUUGCUAAUUUAAAUCAAAUUUUAAAACACAAAGAAAAUCAAAAGAAUUGGUUAUGUCCAAUUAAACCCAAAGUUUUGAUCUGGAGUCGAACAUUGAAUGAUCCAACUUUGAAAGAACGUUUUGAUUUUAUCAUCUCUGCCGAUUGUUUUUUCUUCGAAAAUCUUCAUCAUGAUCUUUGUCACACAAUUUAUUACAUGUUAAAAGAUUCUGGUGUUGCUAUCAAUUUCGCUCCAUAUCGUUCGAAAACAUUGAAUAAAUUUGUAUCCAUUGCUGAAACAUAUCCAUUUGAAUGUCGUGUAUUGGAACAUUAUGAUCAAGAAGUCUUUGAUAAACAUUUACAAUGUCAACAAAUCAAUAAAUCUUAUACAAGUGAUCUUCAUUAUCCCAUUCUCGUUAUUUUACGUAAACGUUCUGAAAAAUGA